UCCCCCCCCCCCCCCCCAACAAGGACUCCAAAGGCUUGUACUUGUCAUAACCCAGCGUCAGCACACUGUGAGGAAAGGUAAAAGUGAGGUCCGACGUCGCGCUCCUCUUGCGCAAGGCGCGCCUCGGUGUCCCUGCGCACAGAAAUCCUGGAAGAGCGCAAAGUGUCAGCUUCAGCACCUAAAGAGAGGACAGCUCCUCUCUGUGAGAUCCUCCGGACCUCCUGUCCAAAAAAAAACAAACUCCGCUACAUCUUUUCAUGUCAACACUUCCAGUCCGACUGUCUGCUUCAUAAGUCUGGAAGAAGUCCAAAGAUCCGCUGACGGAGAUCCGCGACUGACUGUGUGCUCAAUAUGUACCAGGGCCAUUUACAGGGGAAAGACUCUAGGGCUGCAGAUAAGACUGUUGCCAUGGUCCUGAAGGAGAUACCAAGUAAGGCGUCAUCAGAAGGGAAGCCCCUCCUCACAGUGACUACCAAGCUGGUGAGUGAGCAACAAGAGAGCCGCCCGCUUUUAAGUCCCUCCAUCGACGAUUUCCUCUGCGAGACCAAGUGUGAUGGGGUUUCCCGCCCAGUGACUUCCAACACAGCUGUGCUAUCUUCAACACUGGACCUGCUGGAUCUCAGUGAACCUGGCGAAAGGAGGACCAGCAAGGACAAAAGGAGCCCUCUGUCUUCCCGGGGCAACAGCCAGAAGAACAACUCUCACAGGAAGAAGACGGAUGAGACAGAGCUGAUCCAGGUGGAAGUUGAACAGACAGGACAAAGCAUGAGGACCCCAGAGAGGGCAUCACUCGACUCAGGUACCAUUGGUUCAACGUUGGAUAAAUGGGAAGAGCUGAACAUCAACCCUGAGAGGAAUGGCAACAGAAAAUGGAAGUUGGAGAGACGGCGUUCUUCUAAAAAUUCAUCCAAUGAGCUUCUGUGGUCCAUAGACUGUAAAACCCAAAUAGAGCCGUUGAACAAGAACUCCUUGGAAGCAAAUACCAAAGUGGAUCCAGAUUCUGCUUUAGCAUCUCAACUCAACAGGCAGUAUAUUAGUGGAAGACAUGCUCGCCUAGCCAAGGAGCCGCGGUGGGGCAGUGCCCUCCUGUCCAGACAUCAGUCCCUGGAGGAGGAGUUUGAGCGAGCGAAGGCGGCUGUUGAGUCAGACACUGAAUUCUGGGAUAAGAUGCAGGCGGAGUGGGAAGAGCUCGCUCGGAGGAACUGGCUGACUGAAAACGAGCAGGCACAGAUUCCCUCAUCUGUGUCUCCACAUGAGAAGGGCUACUACUUCCACACAGAUAAUCCUUAUAAAGACUUGCCUAAUGCAUUUGAAGAGGGACAAAAGAAGUCACGAGAGGGAGACUUGCAAAACGCUGUGCUUUUGCUGGAAGGAGCCGUCCUGCAGGACCCUCAGGAUUCAGAGGCUUGGCAAGUGUUGGGGACAACGCAGGCGGAAAAUGAGAACGAGCAGGCAGCGAUCGUGUCCCUCCAGAGGUGUUUGGAACUCAACCCAAACAACCUCCCAGCCCUCAUGGCUCUGGCAGUGAGCCUGACCAACACUGGUAUGCGAAAUGACGCCUGCGAGGCCCUGCUCCGCUGGCUGCGACACAAUCCAAAGUACAAGCACCUGCUGAAGGGCAAGACCCACCUGAUGGGAUCCCCAAACUCCCAACGCAGGAUGUCUACGGCUCCCAACGUGGGCAGAUACGAAAGCUCCCUGCUACCCGAGGUCAAGGAGCUCUUCCUGGAAGCAGUUCAGCACAACUCUGACAGCAUCGACCCGGAUUUGCAGACAGGCCUCGGAGUGCUCUACAACCUCAGCGGAGAGUUUAACAAAGCUGUAGAGGCCUUCAAUACUGCCCUGUCAGUGCGGCCCGAGGACUACUUGUUGUGGAACCGCCUGGGGGCCACACUGGCGAACGGGGACCGGAGUGAGGAAGCGGUGGAGGCUUACACGCGAGCCCUAGAGCUGCAACCGGGGUUCAUCAGGUCCCGCUACAACUUGGGCAUCAGCUGUAUUAACCUGGGGGCACACAGAGAGGCAGCCAGGAACUUCCUGACUGCCUUAAGCCUUCAGAGGAAGAGCCGGAGUCGCCAGCAGUCCCACCAGGUGAUGUCUGGAAACAUCUGGGCUGCGCUGAGGAUAGCUUUAUCCAUGAUGGACCAGCCGGAACUCUUCCAGGCUGCAAAUAUUGGUGACCUGGAUCUUCUCAUGCGGGCCUUCAACCUAGACAUUUGAGGAAUGGGAGGUAGUGACAAUAGCAUCUCCCCUCUCACUUACCCUUCAAUUUCUACCCAACAGCCAAAAGCCCAAAGUGCACACAUCAGGAAGGAUUGGAUCUGAUGUUAGAGACAAUAGUGUGUUUUUUUAUGCACGUCAAAAUUAUUUACAUAGUCGUCAAAGUUGUCAUAUUUUUCGUCCACGUACUUGGAGCAAUUCUGAGGACAGGUUCCUCCAAGUGCUUGAAGUAACUGCUUUGUGAUGAAUUUGCACUGCAAUUUGUGAUUUCCCUGAAGAGCACAAGGACGGGCAAAGAUUGUACGAGCAAUGCCUUAGAGAACACAUCAAUUAAAAACUGACUCAUCCAGUGGAACAGAGCUGAGCCAGAACAGACAGGCGGGCAGACAGUAUGAGAAUCUCACACAGGAACCCUCACAUGCAGAGAAAAGAUGAGGUUUUGAGAAAAAAAAUGAAAAGGUUUGUUAUCCAAUUACUUUCAAAGACUCAAGACUCUCUCACCCCCUUGAAGGAUGGAUUUAGUGAGCAAAUGAUAAAGAAUGCACCGCAUGACCUGGAGCUCCAAAUUCUGUUCCUGGCUUGUUUUCAUCCUCUUGCAAUGGCGAAUAAUGACACCGCAUGAAUAAGCAUUUUCAUAGAUGGAUUCUUGUUUAAAAUUUACAUACAUUUAGAAGUUUUCCCUUUGCACUUCAGACAAACAGAUUUUCCUCAAUCCAAGUGGAAUGUGCAAGCCAGGUUGUAAAGCCUUACUCUGCAUGCCAACAACAAUAUUUCUAUUUAUACUAUUUUUAUGGCAACACGAACACACUAAGCAUUUUCAAACUGGUUUUUCAUUUCUUUAAAUAACCACCAUCUUCUGAAUUUGAAAGCUUUCUGAGCCAUUUUUUUGUUGUUGUUUUGUUUUGUUUUGGGUUUUUUUCGGGGGAGGGGGGGUGGGGCUCCUAGCUCCUCUUUGUUCCCUUUAUGCUGACUAGUUGGAGAAAUACACACUGGGCAACAUUCAUCUGCAAAUCCUUCAUUAGUGUGGAAACUUUCAACAACAAAACAAAAGUUUUUACUGGUCUAAAAAUGUCUCUCUCCUCUUCUGGGAUGGCUUUAGUAACUCACAUUUGAUUUGUACACCAUACUCACGUUUUCUUGUUGGUAUUAAUUUCAAUACAGUGUACUAACAUUACAGGUAGUACACGUGUAGCUUCAAGCCAAGACCUAAGAAAACUUGGGGUAUUUCUUAAUGCAGUCAUUUGUUUCCUUGCUGCGCCUCCACAGGCAACGAAGCUCAUACAUUGAAUUAAAUUAGUCUGCCUCAGCCAUCAUGCAUGAUUUACAUAUUUAUGUAAGCUUCGGCAGGAUGCCGCACAUAUUUGAAAAGCUACUUGUUUUACCAUCUGUAAACUUUUAAUCACAUGAAAACAUUAAGUUGUAAAUCACAUGAUUGUAUGGAGCCAGUUAUCAUUACCUCCACCAGGGAGGGUUAUGUUUUUGUUCCGGUUUGUUUGUCUGUUUGUCAGCAAGAUUACAGAAGAAAAAAAAGAGAAAACUACUGGACUGGUUUUCAUGAAACAUGGUGGAAGGGUCUAGCAUGGACCAAAGAAGAACCAAUACAUUUUGGAGCAGAUACAAAGUUAUUGGAAUGUCCUUGGCUGAGGUCUGUGCUCUUGGUGUGCCCUUCUAGUUCCAGAUAAUUCCUCUGCACCACCACGGAAGCAAAGCUUUCAAACAUGCUUUUUGUUGGGCUUCUCUAGCAUCACUCUUGCUUGUUUGAAAGUCAGCCUAUGAGGGGAACAUCACAUUCCUGGCCGUGCAGGAGAGUAAAUGAUAGAUAAUCUGCUGUUCUGUAUCGCUCAGCACCUUGGUGUUUAACAGGCACAUCCCCAGUCUGGGUGUGCUGUAGAAAGUAGCUUUUUAUUCUCAGAUCCUAUGCAAGAGGUCAUGUUUUAUGUUGCCAUUCUGAAUUUUCAGUUUGUCCCCGUCUGCCUCGGUGGGCCAAAAGGAAGCGGUGAUUCUGUGCUUUUGAAAGAGAGCUAUCAGGGGAAACCAGAGACCAGUACGAGAACCAUUCAUCAUCCAAACUAUACAGCUUUGAUGUCAUGGUCUGUAUGAGAAGAAGUGUUUCAUUAGGAAGCUGGGGGAGAGUGAAAACGAGUGCUCUUUUUCCAGGAGAGAAACGUGGUCGAUACGCAUACAGCGUCCUCCUAAAGUGUAGCCAUCAUGUUUCAUAAAACUGUGGUGUAGCAAUACGACUUUG